GCUGUCCGCCUGCUCCCUUGCUCGUCCUCCCGCUCCCCAGUGCGCUCGCCCGCUCCGGCUCUCUCCAUCUUCCCGUCUCGCUCCCGGCCAGAUGAUGAACUUCUUGCGGCGCCGGCUCUCGGACAGCAGCUUCAUCGCCAACCUGCCCAAUGGCUACAUGACCGACCUGCAGCGGCCGGAGCCCCAGCAGCCGCCGCCCCCCACCGGACCCCCGGCCGCUUCCCCGGCCCCGGAGCGGAGGCCGCCCCCCGCCGCCGCCGCCCCGCCGCCGCCACCCCCGGCCGCCACUCCUGUGCAGUCUGUGGGCAGCAGCUUCUUCAGUUCCUUGUCCAACGCCGUGAAGCAAACGGCCGCCUCGGCGGGGUUGGUGGACGCCACCGCCGCCGCCGCCCUCAGGAAGUCCAAGCUGCUGCUGGUGAUCGACGAGACGCACACCGACUGGGCCAAGUGUUUUCGGGGUAAGAAGAUCCUUGGAGAAUAUGACAUCAAAGUGGAACAGGCAGAAUUUUCAGAACUCAACCUGACGGCCCAUGCAGACGGCACCUACACCGUUGACAUGCAGGUCCUCCGGAACAACACCAAGGUCGUUCGCUCAUUCAGGCCUGAUUUUGUGCUGGUGAGGCAGCAUUCCUUUGGCAUGGCGGAGAAUGAAGACUACCGCAGCCUGGUCAUCGGCAUGCACUACGCCGGCAUUCCCAGUGUCAACUCCCUGGAGGCUAUCUACAACUUCUGUGACAAGCCCUGGGUGUUUGCCCAACUGGUGUCCAUCUACAAGACACUGGGGGCUGAGAAGUUCCCGCUCAUCGAGCAGACGUUUUAUCCCAAUCACAAGGAAAUGCUGACCUUGCCAACCUUCCCUGUUGUGGUGAAGAUCGGGCACGCGCAUUCGGGCAUGGGCAAGGUGAAGGUGGAGAACCACUAUGACUUCCAGGAUAUCGCCAGCGUGGUGGCCCUGACGCAGACCUACGCCACCACCGAACCUUUCGUGGAUUCCAAGUAUGACGUCCGCAUCCAGAAGAUAGGGAACAACUACAAGGCUUACAUGAGGACUUCCAUCUCGGGAAAUUGGAAGACCAAUACUGGAUCAGCAAUGCUGGAACAGAUUGCGAUGUCUGAUAGAUACAAGCUGUGGGUGGAUGCAUGCUCAGAAAUGUUUGGAGGCUUGGACAUCUGUGCAGUCAAAGCCGUGCAUGGCAAAGAUGGCAAGGACUAUAUCUUUGAGGUCAUGGACUGUGCGAUGCCUUUGAUUGGAGAGCACCAAGCAGAGGACCGGCAGCUCAUCACAGAACUGGUGGUGGGCAGAAUGAACCAAGUGCUGUCCAAGACCCCGGUCCCAUCCCCUCAGAGACCCACAGCCACUCAGCAACCUCAGAGUGGCACGUCCAAGGCCCUGGAGUCCAGCAAGAUCCCUCCUCAGCGACCACCUCCCCAAGGUUGUUUACAGUAUAUUCUUGACUGUAAUGGUGCAGCGGCGGGGCCACUUCGCCCCCGCUUCUCCUGGGGCAAUCGAGAGAUUCUCACGGAUCAAAGCAAUCACUGCCCUCCGCUGGCCACAACUGCAUACCUGGACCCGGACAACUGGACCCAGCCCAUGUGA